AUGGCAGCCCGCGAAUCAGGCAGAAUAAAAGAUGCAAACCAGAAGAGAGUUUUGGAUGAUGCAGCAAGGAAACGAAGACAAAGGAAAGCUCUCGAGGCUCUUGAGGAGGACAACUUUCAUGAUGAUCCGCAUGCAGAUUUGGUAAUGAGCAAGAAAGUACCAAAAUUUCAAGAAACACUUGAUAGCCGGGGAGUCGGGCGGAAAAAAAAGACCAAAUCUGCAGAAUAUUACAAGCAAAGAUUUCGCAAAACAUUCUCUCAAUUGGUGGAAGAAGAUCACAACUACAAUCCAACUCCACCUAAUUAUAUGUCAGCCCAAUCUCAACCUUCCCAAUUUCCAGAUAGACACUUUUGUACAGUUUGUGGAUUUCCUAGCAAUUACACUUGCAUUCCAUGCGGCGCCAGAUACUGUUGUAUUAAAUGUUUGGGAACUCAUUUAGAUACCAGGUGUUUGAAAUGGACGGCAUAGAAUACUAUUCUGUACUGAUUACCAGAAAACUCAACACAAAUAUAUUGAUAAACCAUGUUAGUUCCUUAAGCUUACAAUCAAUGUGUGAAUACCUUUUUUGUAAUCAAAAAUAAACAUGCAAUACUCAAA